AAAAGAGACGAAAAGUGGGGUUAGGUGUAGUAAAGGGACAAGAGAGGAAGAAGGAAAGAGUAAAAGAGGAAGAAAGAAAAAGAGACGAGUUUUCUCAUAUUGUAAGUGGGGAUAGAAUCUUAGUGUGCAGCAGAAGGAACGUAUAGUUUUGCGUCUCCAACCAGGCUGUAUACGAUCGACAAGCGAGAUAGAGAGAAGACGUUGUACGGUGUAUGCAAGAGAGAAGAAACGAAUUGACAAUCCGAAAGUUAGACAGAGAAGAAAAUAAAAGGGAGCAGCUUGCGGAACGGCAUGUCCUCGCGUGCUCGUGUCGUACAGAGUUUCUGAACGCAGCCAUUACGACACAACCGCUCUCGGUGACGCUUUGCUGCGAUAGAACCGUAUUCACGCGCGCAGUGAUCACGGAACAAUCGAAACUGGACACACGUGUUUUUGAAAAUACGAACGAAAUUUAAACAGUGUUACAUCAGUAACGAAGAAGAAUACGUUUAUUAACGUGAGAAACGAAUUUUUUAAAAGCUAUUUGUUUUGUGCGUGUACAGGGUGGCUUAGGGACGCCUCUUGACGCGCGGCGUCACGUCGCGCGGGUCAUUAAUAACCCAAGGGUGUCCGAUUUGAUUUGAUAAAUAGUCUGAUAAAUUCGCGAUUGGAAUAAAUCGCUUGAUUUUUUGUGAUAUCAAUUCGAGAGAAAAUUAUCAACCAUGUUUGAUGUAUUUGGAUCUGUAAAGGGACUGUUAAAGCUCGACAGCGUUUGCAUCGAUAAUAAUGUAUUCCGGCUGCACUACAAAGCGACGGUGAUCAUAUUAAUUGCUUUUUCAUUAUUGGUUACAUCCAGACAGUAUAUCGGAGAUCCCAUAGACUGCAUCGUGGAUGAAAUACCGCUUCAUGUAAUGGAUACAUACUGCUGGAUCUACUCAACGUUUACGAUUCCUGAUCGAACCGGUGUCGUUGGCAAAGACAUGGUGCAACCAGGUGUUGCAUCUCACGUUGAGGGCGAAGACGAAAUCAAGUAUCAUAAAUAUUAUCAGUGGGUGUGCUUUACGCUCUUCUUCCAGGCAAUAUUGUUUUAUGUACCACGUUAUUUGUGGAAAACCUGGGAGGGUGGUAGAAUUAAGAUGCUGGUCCUGGAUUUAAAUUGUCCUGUAAUGAGUGAUGAAUUUAAAUUGGAAAGAAGAAAAUUAUUGGUCGAGUAUUUCGCGACGAAUUGGCAUACACAGAAUUUUUAUGCAUUUCGUUUCUUCUUGUGCGAAGUGUUGAACUUCGUUAACGUAGUUGGCCAGAUCUAUUUCAUGGACUUUUUUUUGGACGGCGAGUUUACCACCUAUGGUUCAGACGUAGUUAAAUUCACGGAAAUGGAACCUGAAGAGAGGAUUGAUCCGAUGUCACGGGUAUUCCCUAAAGUUACCAAAUGUACAUUCCAUAAAUAUGGUGCGUCCGGUACGGUACAGAAAUUCGAUGGUCUCUGCGUACUACCGUUAAACAUCGUCAAUGAGAAGAUUUACGUGUUUCUCUGGUUCUGGUUCAUCAUCUUAUCCGUGUUAAGCGGUUUAACCCUGGCCUACCGUGCUGCAGUAAUAGCUGGUCCGAAGCUUCGCUUGGUGCUAUUGCGUGCACGCUCGCGUCUCUCGAAGCCAGAACAUAUUAAUACGAUCGCGGAAAUGUGUAUGAUCGGCGACUGGUUCGUUCUUUAUCAACUUGGCAAGAAUAUAGACCCGGUGGUAUAUCAACAACUCGUUGUGGAUCUCGCUACGAAACUUCAGGGCAAAGAAUCUGUUUAGUUUCCGUUUGUUAUAUUCAUAGAAUACCUCUUUUUCUUUUCUUUUCUCGCUUCUUUAUUCUUUUAUUCGAUUCUUAAACAUUUAAUUAGUCGAGUUGUUCAUCAUUAUAGUUUACUGUAUUUUCAUUAUAGUUUAUUCAAAGAUUAAAAACCAUUUUGAAUUACGUUUACUUUUCAUACAUGUAUAUUACAUGUGUAAAACAUGUACGUGCAUUCUGAUAUUUUUGAAAAAUUUUUCGUAAUUCAUCAUGGCGUACGUAUAAAAUGAAUUUCCCCUUCGAUCGUUAUAAGAGAAUUCGAUUGGAGGUAAAUUUUUGUAGUAA